GCGAGGCGUUAAGCAACGUAAAGCGCAGUGGUGUGGUGUCUGUAUGCGUGUUGCCGUUGCGAGAGAGUGUAUUGUCAAUCGCACUAGGAAAUCAAAUAUGUACAAUGUGAAUUUGUUUUCUGCUGUGUGCUUGUGCCUGUGCGUGUGAAGUUUCCGUUGGUGUAUUAAUGUGUGCGAAAUUAUCCUGUGUGCGUGGCGUUAAAAAGGAUAGCGAGAAAGCUUGCAACGGGGGGAGGGGGGGAGAGUAAAGGACAACCAGGAGAGGAGUGCUUGGCAGCGACAAAAAAGCAACGAAAAAAAAAGGGCACAAUCAACCACUCUUCUUUCCCUGCACCCGUGCGUCCCCGCUGCACGCUAGGCCAGCAACAAACACAACAACGAAAAGGACAUACACAACACGCACACACACACACACAACACUCGAUUGCUUUACACACAUAGCAAACCAACCCGAACGUUGUGUGCAAGACAGCGAGCGGAAAGUGAGUGUGUGUGUGUGGUGUGUGUGUUUGUGUGGGACGGGCUGUAGCACCUGUCGUCGGUCGGAGCCGAGGACAAGCCGAAAGGGUCGCUGAGUCGCCGGGGAAACACACACACACAACGCGGCAUGAAGGUGACGGUGUGCUUUGGGGAGACGCGCUUUGUCGUGCCUUGCCCGCCCGGUACAACUGUCCUGAAGCUGGAACAGGAAGCCAUUCUGCGAUACAAGCGUAAGAAUCCAGAUUCGUGGGUGGUUGUACAUCAUCUGCAGUCACAGUCGGGAAUUCUCGACCCGGAGGACAGUAUUAGCGAUGUGGCGGACGAUCGGGAGGAAAUCAUUGCACACUACGAAGAUGCGGCAGUUGGUUUAGAUCCGGGCGUACAGCAGGGUGGCGGUGAUGGAGCGAGCGGCAGUUCCGUUGGUACCGGCAGUCCGGACAUUUUUCAAACUUCCGGCACCGGCAGUAAAGGAGUUGGUGCUAGCGCCGGCGGUGGUGGUGGCGGCGUUGCUGGUGAACCUUCGCCGGAGAGUUCCGUUGGUACGGUGGGUGGUGGAACCGUUAGCAGUAACAACACCGACAGCAUUGUAACCGUUGGUGGUCCAGGGACCGGAACCGGUGUGCCACCAGGCGCUGGAGGUGGUGGUGUUUCCUGUAUUGAGGUGUUUGCGAAUGAACCGGCACCGCUCGGGCUCGGGCUACAGGUGCGCCGUGGCAGUGAACCCUCGCUGCAUCAGAUCGGUGUGACGGAGCAGCGCAGCCCGCUGUACAACGUCAACCCGAACGGGAACCAUCAGGGUACGAGCAAACGCUGGUCAGCUGCACCGGUCUGUCGCAGUGACAGCGAUCCGCCGCCGGAUCGUUUGCUUUCACCCCAGCAGAACGGUGGUGGACCACCGUACCACUACCAUCACCAUCACCAUUUGCUGGCGGAAGAGUGGAACGUACCGGAGGAGGAUGGGCAGCAGCAGCACGACAGUCUGCUGCCGCAAACGUUUAACCGUUCCGGGCGGCUUUCGAUGCAGUUUCUUGGUGCCGAAGCCAGCACCGGAUACCGGUGGAUGGACGCGGCAGAGAAGGCAGCCGCAGCAACGGCAACUACCGUCACGUCGUCCUCAUCGUCUGCUUCGGCCUCGGCGGCACACAAUCAAUCGUCACCGGCGUAUGGUGGGUACCAGACGUAUCAAAACUAUGUGCAGCAGCAACAGCAACAGCUGCAGAACCAUUCGUUUCACGCUGGCAGCAACGAUACGGUGAUGGGACGCGGUGGUAACAACAGCUUCAGCUCAAAGUCUCUGCCAAGGGAAUCGACGCGCAAGGAACCGCUAGGGCAGGCGAAAGCAUCCGUGUACGAUUCGAUACGGGAGAAGGAUAGUGAAAUGCUACUGGUGGUGAAUGAAACGGGCGGCCCGCUAGGACUCACGGCCAUUCCGGACAUGGAACGGGGUGGGUUGCUGGUGCAGAGCGUAGAACCGGGCAGUCGGGCCGAACGGGGCCGAUUGCGGCGGGGCGAUCGCAUCCUGGAGAUUAACAACAUAAAGCUCGUCGGACUCUCGGAAAGUUCCGUGCAGGAACAUCUUAAGAAGAGCCUCGCAUCGACGGAGCUACGAUUGCGGGUGGUACGGGGCAGUAGCAGACACCGGGCCGGUGGCAAAUCCGACCAGCAGUACGGUCGGCUGGUGAAGAGCGGUAGCGGUCCACGCUAUCCGCGCGACAACCGCAUCGGCCAGAUGAUGAUCGAGGCGGAGGAGAAACCAACGUCGGCGGCGAAAGUCGCGACGGUAUCGCCGACCCGGAAGAUACCGGGCGCACCAUCCACCGGUACAAGCCUGCAGGUGGCCAACACGCGCAAGCUGGGCAAGCGUAUCGAGAUCACGCUCACGAAGGGUGACCAUGGGUUAGGGUUUUCGGUGACGACACGUGACAAUCCGGCCGGCGGGCACUGCCCGAUCUACAUCAAGAACAUAUUACCGAAGGGUGCCGCCGUGGAAGAUGGCCGGCUAAAGCCAGGCGAUCGGUUGCUCGAGGUGGAGGGCGUUCCGAUGACGGGGAAAUCGCAGACGGAGGUCGUAUCGAUACUGCGUGGCACACCGCACGGUGCAACGCUUAAGAUCGUCGUGUCUCGUCAGCAGGAACUAGCGGUUGAUGUGAAGGAGCGAGAAAUAGGUUUUAAUGUAGAAAAUGAACCAAAGAAUUCGCCACCGAAACCACCACCACCGGUGAUGCCAAAGUCAUCGCUGAAGCAAUCGAACAGCAGCAACAGUCUGUCGAAAUCCGUCGACUCCACUGCGUACGGUGACGGUACGGAGGGUGGCAACCGGACAGGGGUGGGAAAUUGUCGCUCGAUGCCAAAACUUGCGUCCGGCACGGUUUCCUCACCGAAAACACCAACCAUUCAGAAGAAACCGCUCGCCUCCAUACUGAAGUCGGCAUCGACGAAUCACGUGGCGGAGCUGCUGCAACAUCAGCAGCACGAUACGGGCGGUGGUGCGGGACGGGGUAGCGCUGCUGUUGGUGGCAAUGUCAGCAAUGGUAGUGUGACGUCCAACAACAGUAGCGGUGUUGGUGGUGAAUCACUGAGCGGUGCCGCGUGGAAGAACCGUGAGAUAUUAACCCUUCACAUACCGGUGCACGACACGGAGAAGGCUGGGCUCGGUGUGAGCGUAAAGGGCAAAACAGGUUCCGGCAACUGUAGCAGCAGUACGACCGGCAGUGGCAGCAGCAGCCGAACAGACGGCGAUCUUGGUAUAUUCGUGAAGAGCGUGCUGCACGGUGGAGCAGCGAGUCGCGACGGUCGGCUAAAGAUGAACGAUCAGCUGCUGAGCGUGAACGGUGUAUCGCUGUUAGGUCAGUCGAAUGCGGAAGCGAUGGACACGCUGCGGCGAGCAAUGUUACAGUCGGGUGGUAGCUAUCCGGGUAAAAUCAUACUGAAGAUCGCACGACGCAUUGCCCGCCCGGUAAGUACUGGCGAACUGCUCGAAACCAUGGAGCAGCGUACGGGUGCAGCAUCGAAUGGUGAGGAUCCACCGACCCACGCGGGCACAACAGUGAUCUACCUUAGCGCGGACAAACAGUCCCACAACUCAGCAACAACACAGCAACAAAACCAUCCAGCACCGGCGCAACAGCAGCAAAGCAAACGAUACAGCAACCCCGUACUGGAUCGGUUAACGGGCGGUACUUCAGCAGGUGGUGUUGGCGUGAAUAGCAACAGCACCGGUUCGUUACACCACACCAGCUCACUGCCACUGGGAGCGUCUGCUGGUGGUGGAAGCAGUGAUACGCUCACCGGCAGCCAUUACAUCCGUAACAGUAGCACAAACAGUAGCACUAGCACGAUGAACAGCCAGCAGCAGCAGCAGCAGCAGCAACACCACGCGUCCAACAACCAAAGACCAUCGGGGCAACGUUCGUUUGCACCGUCCGCUUCGUCCCUGGUGCAGCCAUCAUCGGCAACGCACGGAUUGCGCAACGAGAGCUACUACAUGGCCACCAAGGAUCACUGGAGUACGACAUCGUCCGCUACCAGUCUGAACGGGAGCAAUGUUGUCCUUAUCGAAGAAGACCCGGUGCCCACUUCACCUACAUUCCACAUCACUCGUUCGCUGGAAGGUGGUACCGCUGGUAACGGUGGUGUCGGUCCCAAUAUGGGUGGUAUGCUGGCUAAUGGAAACACCUCCACACCGAACGGUGCGGACACAACGUACGCUUCCCAGCUAUCACUCGAAACCAAUCCACCACCGUCGGACGCGUUCAGCCGGGACGCAAUCGGGCGACGUUCCAUGUCGGAAAAGCACCAUGCCGCAAUGGACGCACGGGAAACAGGCACCUAUCAGCGGAAUAAAAAGCUACGGGAAAAGCGUGACCGGGAUAGUAAGCUGCUCAUGGCGGCCGGUACGACCGUGACAACGUCCGGUGGUUCGCUCGAGUCGAUCGAUCUGCACCAGAUGGCACGAAUGAACAGUCUGAAGCAACACCAUCAUCAGCAGCAACAUGGCGACGGUGGUGGUGGCAAAGGGACGACAACUGCUGCGCUGGCAGCACACCUGCUGCGGGCCGAGGCACAGGAUCAGCUCGGUGAUCUCGGCCCUUCGCUCGGCAUGAAGAAAUCAUCCAGUCUGGAAUCGUUGCAGACGAUGGUGCAGGAAAUACAGAUGGCGGACGAACCGAGGGGCCCGAACGCGCUACGUACACCACGCGGCCGUGGACGGGAGGAGAUACUUCGCGCGGUGGUAGAACAACCGGCGGAAACACAAGCGAAAAAACACUGGCUACUUGAGGACGGUCCGUCCGCAUUGAUGACCAACUCCGGCGAAUUCCCGGACGGUGGUUUCGUGUCGCGCAACAGUCCCUUCCAAUCGUCGCUUAAUGAUGGCAAAGGAGGGGCCAAGCUACGGGCGAAGAAAGGUGGUGGGUUGCUACGCGGUAUCGGGCAUAUGUUCCGGUUCGGCAAACAUCGCAAGGAUGUGAUUGUACCGACCGGUACGAUUACCUCCACCGGGUCCUCCGGUGAACCGGCGAUCGAUUACACCGGCCCGACGGCUGUACCCUCUCAGCAGCACGCCGUCCCAUCCGGCGGUAUGGCCGACAGCAACAAUGCUGGUGGUGGUGGUGGGCAGAAAAAUGGUGGAACUAGUACCAUAGCGAAGCGCGGUACGCUAAACACGGGAGCAGCCGGUAAUAAUGCGUCCCGAUAUAUUGUAUUCGAUCCGAGCUCGGUUGAACGGUCCGCUUCAUCCGGUGUCGUUUACGGCCAUACGCAACCCCCACACUAUCAGCCACCUCCACCACCACCACCGGUCGGUACGGGUGGCGGUGGACCGUCCGGUACAUCGAUACACCACACGGAUGUGUUUAACCAUCGAUAUUCUCAUUACGUCAACUACGAGGAGUUGCAGCAACAGAUUAGCCGGCGCCAUCAUCUUUAUCACUCGCAACGUUCCGCCCGUAAUACACCGCCGAUGAUGGAUAUGGGACUCUCCACGACAAUCGCUCACCAGCAGCAGCAGAAGCACCACCACUCCGCCACACUGUCCAACCAGCAGCAGGUGCAGGGCAAAUAUAAAAGUAACAGGCCCGUCUCGAGCUACCAUGACGGCGGUGGGUAUGAAACGAUCUCCACUACCGGUCCACCUGCCAUUCCGGUGGUGCAUCAUCGGAAGGAACCGUCCAGUGGUGGAGCCGGCACGAAACCGGACACCGGCGCGUUACUGCAUGAAGAAACGAACGGUGGCGAAUGGCAUCAUCAUCCAGGCACGUCCGGUGCUGGUGGCUCGAUACGAAACAUACGUGGCCCAUUCGUGACGCAAGUGAAAAUUCAAAAUCAACUAUCAUACCAAUAGAGUAUACAGAACAAAAACCGCGAAACUAACCGUUUGAUAGAGAGAAGCAGAGACAGAGAAAAUAGGAGGAAAAGGUUUCCCUCCGCGCGAUGUUGUACGCCUUCGUAAUACGUACACACCGCUCCGUACUUAAAACAUAGAACAAAUUAAGCAUUAUACUCCGUCCUAUACUUCCCUGGGUGUUUGUGUGUGCCGCGUGCACGCACACAGCAUUCAAUCGAGCGAGGAUGAUGAUGAAAAAUGAUUAAGGGCACGAUUUUUGCAUGCCGAAAAAAAAAAAACACACACACGACAAUAUUGGGGCUCCCCUUCUCCCCUCUGUUUCUCAAUUAUUUUCGCCAACACGAUUCUUAGUAACAGCUUGUUUUUUUUUUAAUUUUUAAUAUUUCUCUCAAAGAAUUAGUGGUGUAUUCGGGAACAAUGAGCUAUUAACCAUUCGAGGGUAAUGAAAAACAAAACUGAAACGAGUGUGAUUAUCCUUUCCCUUUUUACUGGCACACAUAGCAUCGAUCAUCUUGCGAAGAUCUUUUGGGGG